AUGAGCUUUCAAAGAGGUGGACGUGGAAAUUCUUCGAGCGUGUUUUCUAAGAAUCUGCCGUUCGGAUUGAGCUACAGUGAUGUAGGUGUCAACGAAACAACAGAGCACCCAUCGAUACUACUCCCAGUCAAUGGCUUGAUCACGCCAAAGGAGAGAUCUGUAGCAAUUAUGUAUAUCAAUUUCCUCAAAACGAUCAAAGAUGGGCCCUUCUAUACAGGUGCAAUGGCACUUUCGGUGGAUGGCUCUGGGAAACAGAAACGCCUAAUUGAUGAUGAUGGUGUCAACGAUGGAAUUGAACGGUACUCUGACAAGUACUUGAAGAAAAGGAAGAUCGGAGUUUCUAUUGAUGAACACCCUUUUCAUCUGGAGAUUUUUCCAUCAGAGCUAUAUCAGGUAAUGGGUAUAAACAAGAAGAAAUUAUUGGCAUUGUCGAACUUCAACAAGAAUGAUGAUAUUUUCACAGGGUCUCUCUCUAAGGAUGACGAUGCAGAGGGCCUUUCUAUGCUGGAAAAACUUAAAGAAUUGGCCGAUGAUGAGGACGAUGUGACCAAUGCCCAAGCAAAGGACGAAAACGAUGUUGAGGAUCAAGAUGACGAAUUUGACGAUGAGGAUGAUGACGACGACUACAACGCCGAAAAGUACUUUGAUGACGGCGAAGACGAGUUUGAUGCUGAAGAUGAUUAUGGGGAUGAACCGGCAUUUUGA